AUGGGAGUUAAAUGGCAAGUGGAUGAGUGGGUGACAAAACUAAAGAAAUUGUGCAAAGGCAGCGAUUUAAAUGAAACUGCUGCAGCGUUCACAAACUUAUUAGUGAAAUGCACAAAGUCAACAAACGACGACAGUAGCAACAACAACAACAAGAGAAUCAGAAGCAGAAUCGGCACUAACAAGUGUCAACAGGAGAUGCAGGAGACGAAGGUGAAGACGGAGAUAUCGGGGAGUGCACAAAAACAACAAGGCAAACGUCAAAACAUGCAGCUGCAGAGGAACAAUCAGAGUCAGCAGCAGCAGCAGCAGCAACAACAACAAGGAUGCCAAAUGGAACUAGAGAAAUGGAAAUGGCAAGGAGCAAAAGCAGAAGAACAGGAAAUGGAACACAAACACGAAUUUCGACGAGACCAAGAACAACAUCGACGAAACUGCAAUAAUGUUGCCAAAGUUGAAGUCGGAAUGCGAUUCGAAAAGCAUGUCCUGUGGCUAAUGCUACUGCUGACCACAGCAGCAGCAGCAGCAGCAGCAACAGCAACACCAACACCAACGACACCUUCAGUCAGAAUUGCACGCUCACCGCUGAACGACGGAUACAAGAGCUUGGGCAUGGGCAUGGGCAUGGGCAUGGGCAUGGGUCUAGGACUCAGUCUCAAUCCUAGUCACAUCUCGAAUACCAAGGGCAAUACGCGCGAGUCCUUGCUCUACGGUGAAUCUGGUCGUUCUGGCAGCAGUGGUAGCAGCAGCAGCAGCAAAAGCAACAGCAACAUUGCCGGCAGCAGCAACAUCAUCUCAAACAGAGCUAUAUCGUCAGGUGGUGGUGGAGGAGGACCAGGCAAUGGUGGCAUCGAGUGCCCCAGCUUUGAUGAUAGCUCUGCCUGUCCAUGCUACAAAUUUGAGGAUGGACUCUUUCUGGAGUGUCCUGGAACAACAGCUCUGUCGUUGCGCUCUACUCUGGAACGGAUUUCGGCACCAAUUCAUUCACUUUCCAUAUAUGAUUUUGAUCGCUCUGUGACGUCACUUUCGCAGGAUGUCUUCCAGCCGGGCGUUCAUAUUAGGCACUUGCAAUUCUCUCAUUCCCAUCUGGAGGCUCUCAAGGAUAAUAGCUUGAAGAAUGUUCGUUCUACACUUGAAACGCUGAGCAUUGUCAAUGGCAAAUUGACGCAGCUUCCAUCGCGAGCUUUAAGUUCUUUGCAGAAAUUAUCGGCUCUGGACUUUGAUUACAAUGAGAUUGUUCGUGUUGAGGAUUAUAGUUUCUAUGGACUGCGUCUGUCGAAAUUGAAUUUGAAGGGGAAUCGCUUGCAGGGGAUACCGGAGAAUGGAUUUGCCGGAUUGGAGGAAUGUUUGCAGGAGAUUGAUAUUUCAGAGAAUGGCUUGCGCACAUUUCCCAUGAUGGCUUUGCGUAAAUUGGAUCAUUUGCGUAUAUUGCGGGUAUCGAACAAUAGGAUUGGAACCUUUUUCGGCGACAUUCAACUGGCCACGAACAAUGCCUCGGCCAUUGAUGCGGCGGCUAGUAUAUUGCACUUGCCGUCCCUGAUCAUAUUGGAUCUCAGUUCGAAUCUGUUCAGUGAGAUAUGUCAAGAUUGCUUUCGCACGUUCCCCAAGCUGAAGACUUUGUCGUUCUAUGCAAAUCAAAUUGAGAUUGUCCAACCGGAGGCAUUCAUAAGUUUGAAGGAGUUAAUAUCGCUGGAUAUGUCGCAUAAUCGCAUCAGUAUAUUGGAGGCCAAAGUGUUUGAGUCAAACAAGCGAUUGCAAACGGUGGACUUGAGUCACAAUCAUAUACACAGCAUUAGUGGCGUCUUCUCGAAUCUGCCCGAGCUGAGGGAAGUCUUUCUGUCCGAGAAUAACAUUUUAGAGCUGCCAGCCGAUGCGUUUACGAACUCAACAAAUGUCGAUGUCAUUUACCUGGAAUCGAAUGCCAUUUCGCACAUCGAUCCUAAUGUAUUCAGUACACUGAUCAAUCUGGAUCAUUUGUAUUUGCGUUCGAAUUUCAUUCCAUUGGUGCCAGUGACUCUCUUUGAUAAAUGCACACGAUUAUCCUCACUGUCCUUGGACAACAAUGAGAUUCAGGAUUUGGAAAUUGGAAUGUUUCGCAAAUUGGAACAAUUGCGAGAGGUGCGCUUGCACAAUAAUCGCAUAAGACGAGUGCGCAAAGGUGUCUUUGAGCCGUUGUCGGGCCUGCAAGAGUUGCAUAUACAGAAGAAUAAUAUUGAGGAUAUCGAGCCGGGGGCAUUUCACACAUUAACCCACAUGCAGCAUAUCAAUUUGCAGGACAAUCAACUGACCGUGCUCGAGGAUAUAUUCCCAGAGCAGAAUACCUCGUCACUGUUGUCCAUACAACUCGAAUCGAACUAUCUGAAUCGCAUACAUCAGCGGACUUUUCGUCAGCAGCAACGCAUUCAGAUAAUGUGGAUGCGAGAUAAUCAAUUGCUGAAAAUCGAACGAUCGAUGUUUGUCGAUACACCGCAGCUGGGUCGAUUGUAUUUGAGUGAAAAUCGCAUACGUGAUAUCGAAAAGGACACAUUUGGCAAUUUGAAACUUUUAAAGUUUCUCGACUUAAGUAGCAAUAAUUUGAAACAAUUGCGACGUGAUUACUUUGCAGCGUUGGAAAACCUUGAGGAGUUGAGCUUAUCGAACAAUAAUAUAGAGGCAAUUGAGGGUUAUGCCUUUUCCAAUUUGAAGCAACUAAAGAAUUUGGAUCUAUCGAAUAAUCCUCUGGUCCAGUUGACCCGCGACAUAUUUCUCGAAGAGUUGCCGGUCAUUUCGUUGAAUUUGGGCAACACUUCGUUAAAGAAAUUGGAACAGCAUACAUUCAAAUCGCUGCAGAAUCUCAACGAACUCAAUUUGGAACGUAAUAAAUUGAAUCCGGCCGAUAUACAGAAACUGGAUGUGCCCAGUUUGCGUCGCCUGCACUUGUCGCAUAAUAAUUUCAGUCAUGUGCUCGUUCAUGGUGGCAAUGGUAUGGGCAAUAAUGGGUUAACAGCUGGCAUAAUGGCUGGCAUGUUCGAUCGUCUGCGUUCAUUGCAACAGCUAACAAUGGCCAAUUGCAGUCUGAGCCAUAUACCCGAUCAGUUAUUCGCCAAAAACACAAAUCUCGUAAGUCUCAAUUUGUGUGACAAUCUCUUAACGCAAAUGAAUCGCAACAUAUUCAGUGGUCUGAAUGUGUUUAAAGAGUUGCGCUUAUGCCGCAAUUAUCUAAGUGAAUUCCCACACAUUGCUCUCUAUAAUCUAAGCACAUUGGAGAGUUUGGACUUGGCACGCAAUCAGUUGAGUUCGAUUGAUUUCUUCAAAUUGAGCGGCACUCUGAAUUUGCGUCAAUUGAUAUUGAAGGAGAAUAAAAUAAAUUCGCUUAGCGGUUUCAAUGCAGUCAAUCUAACCCAACUGGACAAUGUGGACUUAAGUGGAAAUCUUUUAUUAUCGCUUCCCGCGAAUUUUCUACGUCACUCGAUUAAUUUACAGCGUGUCGAUUUGUCUAGUAAUCGCUUCCUGCAGAUACCAAGUUCGGCAUUAUCCGAUGUCUCUAUACCACGUCUCUCGUGGCUUAAUUUGACCGGUAAUCCCAUCAAUAAGAUCUAUACCGUCAAAGAGGAGCGUUAUCCGUACUUGAAAGAGCUUUACAUUUGUCAGACGAAUCUAUCGAUAUUGACCUCAAAGGACUUUGAGGCAUUUCAGGCUUUGCAGCAUUUACAUUUGGUUAAUAAUCGCAUUACACGCAUCUCGCCGGGAGCUUUCAGGUCGCUCACGAAUCUCCUGACCCUGGAUAUUAGUGUAAAUGAGAUGGAAAUGCUACCCAAAGAGCGUUUGCAGGGAUUGCGUCUGCUGCGAAUGUUGAAUAUCUCACAUAACACAUUGAAGGACUUGGAGGAGUUUAGCACCGAUUUGGCCCAAAUGCAGAUACUCGACUUGAGUUUCAAUCAAUUGGAUCGCAUCACCAAAAAGACUUUCCGUAAUCUCCAUGGACUGGUCGAGCUAAAACUCAUGGGUAAUCGCAUGACUGUGUUAUCCAAUGAUGCGUUUCGCUUUUUGAGGAAACUUCAUGUAUUGGAUUUGCGUAAAAACUAUUUUGAGCUGGUACCGUUAGAGCCCCUACGGCCGUUGGAAACUAAUCUCCGUACUCUCAAACUAGAAGAAAAUCCACUGCAUUGCAGUUGUGAUGCCCAAAAGCUCUGGGAAUGGCUGAGGGAUCAUCGCAAAUGGUCACUGACAACGUCGACCAGCGGCGGCACAGAUGGCGGCAUUAAUUACCUUAGGUGCGAACAUCCGACAGAGCUGCGCGGCAAGGUGUUUGGCCGCAUGGAGCCGCAGCAAUUCUGUGAUGCCCCAUUAAUACCCAAAAUGGCCAUACAGGAUAUUCAGCCAUAUUCGGUGGUCGUCUCCUGGCAGAGUCGCGACCAUUUGGGCCUCAGUGGAUUUGAAAUUGUUUACCAUGCCACAGGCGAUGGCCUGCCAACAGGGCCAAUGGACCGUGACAGGCUGCGCCAUGGAGCGAAUGUGAAUCUUGGCAUUUUGGACGAACCAGAUGAAGUGACCCUGCAUCUUGAUCAGGAUGAUGAAAUGAGGGACGGCCGCGAUGAUGAUAGAGAGCGUGAUAGAGAACGUGCGCCUCUAGCCACAGAUGAGAUACACGGCAAGCGGCUAAAUGGAUCGGCCAGCUCGACGAAGCUCACCAAACUGAGUCCCAAUACACGCUAUCACAUCUGUGUCAUCGGUACGGGUAAUUGGGUUUCAGAGCCCUUGGCCAUUGCCCUGCAAAGGUUGCACUCGCCGAACGAUACAACCAGGGAGGAGCAGCAACAGCAGCUUUACGAUAUAGUGGCAGGGGCAUCACCCCCAUUGCCCGAAAUGUAUUCACCGUAUCAGCAUUUGACUGGCCUGGGCGAUCAAAUGCAGCAGCAACUUGACCAACAGGAAUCAAUGAUGAUGAUGGAGAACAGCAUUCCCGUGUCGGACAGUGUGCUAAGCGAAGUGCUUAAGAACUCUCACAUCUCGGCCUGCACGGAUGUGCAAACUCUGGACUCAACACCCAGCCUGAUUACGGAUGAGAAUGGCUUGUCCAGCAAUGGCUUCAUCCAUUCGAUUCUAACCCGUCGUCUAGGUCUGAUUGUCGGCUGCUGUCUGGGCAUUAUAGUCUUCAUUGUCAUGAUAUCGGUCCUCAGUUACGUCAAGUUGAAGAAGCAACGCAUCGAGAAUGCCAAACGACAGGCGGCUCUACCGCCGGAAUAUAUAUCGUAUCGCCAUUUCUCCAUACCGAAUGAGGAGCUGACACGCACAGCGGCCAAUGCCAACUCGGCGGCAGCAGCAGCAGCGGCUUCGGCUUCCUCCUCCUCGCACAUGUCGAGUGUGCCAAGCGGCAUCAGUGGCCACAUCAGCGGCACCAGCUUGAGCACGGGCACAGGUACUAACACUGGCACCACAACCACAACAGCCACAACGCCCAUCGGCGGCGUCAGCAUGGGUGUGCCCCUCACCAUGGCCAUGGCCAUGCCCAAGGCAUCGGCCGGGAGUCCAAUAGUGGGCAUUGCGGGCCUUGUGGUGGAACCAAAUGGGGAGGCCACAGCCGUUGUAGUGGCUCCCGGCCCAGGCGGAACAUCUCCAGCCAACACCAACACCAAUGGCCAUCACAGCCACCACCAUCAUGCAUCGCAUGGACAUGGCCAUGCCCAUCAGCAUGGACCGCAGCAGCAGCAGCAGCAGCAACGCCAGAAUAAUGGAGCAAUUGCCGGCUAUAUGGCCGCUGGUGUUGUACUCAAUACAAAUCAUUUGAGUGUCUGUUAGUUGGUAAAUCUUGGCAAGACCUAAACGUAGAUAUUCCUAAAUUCAGCUCAAUACUAAUAGCAAGAUUGAAAAUCGAAUCGGACACACUUUGACAGACGUUGGAGUUAUUGAUUUCAAAAUGAAUCAAUUAGUAAAUCGAAAGAUGCAAUGAUGAUAGUAUAAUAUGUAUAUCAUAUGGAAAGACUAAAAGUAAAUGUAAACACUGGGUAAGUUCUUGAUGAUCGUCUAUAGUUAGAGUGUUCUUCAUUCAGUGUCCAUAUAUAAGUAUUAUGCUUGGUAUGAAAACAAUUAAACCAGAGUAAACUAAGAAAACAAAAAAGUGAAUGAAUCCAUCUCCUCUCUAGUAUAUAAUGAAUUCAAAUUGAAAAAAACACACAAACACACACACACACACACCAAUACAAGAAGCUCAUUCUUUAGUUAGCAUUUGAAAAUGGAUUAACUCACAUCAGACCCGAAAAAUACCUGUGAUUAAAUCAUUAAACCAACCAACAGUUAAUCCCACUAAAUCGCCCAAUAGACCAAAUGUGGCGACAUAGAAAAUAUUUCUGAAUAUUUCAUAAUGUUUGAUUUAUGGCCAACAAAAAAAAAAAAAACAAAAAACAAAAUCACAGAAGCAAAUUCAUUUGUUUUACCCAUUUUUCAAUCAAAUCGAAUUGCAUUAUAUACCCCUAACCCCAAACCCACGCCCCCUUUUAACCCACACAAAUGUCUCCUUCAAUUCAGUUAAUAUGCACAGAUUUAUAUAUACAUAUAUGUACAUGUAUAUGUAUAUCGUGUGUGUGUGUGU